AUGGAGCACAUUGUGGAGUCCAUCCGCUUCCCGUGCCCGAAUGCCAUCCAUGGCUGCACCGCUAGAACUACCUAUUAUGACCAGCAUUUCCAUUGCCAGACGUGCCCGCACAGGCCAUGCCACUGCCCUAGCGAGACAUGUGGCUUUGUUGGCUCAACAGUGGCGCCCCUGGACCACUUCAACAAGGCACAUGGCUGGCCAUGCACCACCAAGGUCAAGGCUGCCACCAUGAACUACAAAGAUGACGAUGAUUACGAAUUCAAGCUCCAAGUCCAUGAUGGUUUCGAUUUUCUCCUCGCUGACUAUGCCACUGCUGACAGCAAGCAAGGGACCAUCCACGGUGGCCUGUAUCUAUUCCUGUUGAAUGCGGUAUCCACGUUCGAAGUAGAAUGCAUGGAUCUCUCCAAUAGACUGCCCAACCCUGAUGAGUGCUUCCAGUUUGUGGUGCCAAAGUCUGUUCUUGCAGGAGGCUACACGAUCGAGGUCGGUGGCCAAAUUGUCAUUAGUUGGUCCAUGUAG